AUGGGCGACGGGACGGAUUAUCCUAGUCCAAGAAGUGAAGGUCCCAGUGGGCCGACUGCUAUGCUCAUGGCCGCGCCGGAAUCAUUAUCACCUCCCACGAAGAUGGCCGAUCCUUCUCCUCCAAGCUUGACGACGACGACGACGACGACGACAACGACGACAACAGAUGGAACACGACCGCGAUUGUCGGUCCGCCGCGCUCGGGAUCCCCCCCGGAAUGCCGCCGGUCAGAUCUACUGCGACCACGCCGACUGUCAACCUACGCCUCCAACAUUCCGACGUCCGUGUGAAUGGAACAAACACAUGGACAAGCAUGAUCGACCCUACAAAUGCAUGGAACCCGGAUGUGACAAGGUCCAAGGCUUCACGUACUCGGGGGGCCUUCUCCGACAUCAGCGCGAGGUGCACAAGAAGAACGCGAAUGCGAAGAAACCUCUCAUGUGCCCAUAUGCCGAUUGCAACCGGAGUACGGGGAAUGGAUUUACUCGACAAGAGAAUCUGAAGGAGCAUCUACGUCGUCGCCACAUGCACACGGAGAACGGUGCCUCCCCGGACCUGUCAGCAGCACAUGUGACUGAUGUCGAAGGGAUCAAGGCGUCCUUCCUCGCACAGACUCCAAGCAUGAAGCGGAAACGAGACGCGACGGACACGGAGCCAGCCGUCAUCGAAGACGAAAAUGGGAAUACCAUUGAUCUACGGAGCGAGUUGAAGAGACUGCGGGAUGAAGUGCGGGAGAAAGACCGACGGCUAGAAGAAUUAGAAAAGGUUGUGGCGGGACUACAGCAGGCCAUGCCCCAGACCGCAACCACUCAAGGUUGA